AUGAUGACUCCACUCUCCUUCUAUUUCUUAAUCUCCGCAGUCUUGGGACUCAGCUUGGCAAUACCUUCUAACACUUGUAUCGUGAUUGUUACCCUGGGAGUCAUCAGAAAGAAAGGGAAGUUGAGUCCCUCCGAUGUGAUCUUUAUGGCCAAGGGGAUGGUGAAUGUUCUCCUCCAGGUUUUUCUGUCUUUACAAGGAAUGUUCUCUGUCUUGUGUCCGGAAGUCUUCUACAUUGGAGAACUUUAUACAUUUAUGAUCUCAUCAGUUCACUUCUUAAUGUAUUCCAGCUUCUGGAUGACCGUCUGGCUCUCCGCUCACUACUGUACCACCAUCACCAACCUCAGCUAUGGGUUCUUCAUCUGGUUAAAGAGAAUUGUGUCCAAUUUCCUGAGUCAGAUUCUAUUCCUGACAGCUCUCGGGAUGUUCGCUUUGUGUGCCCCCGCCGUCUGGGCUCUGCAAGCAGAAUAUGACAGGGAUGUCCAGUCUUCUGAGAACACAACAGAAUCCUUCAUGACCAAAGUUUAUUAUUCUCUGAGUUUUUCCUAUUUUCUGCCCGUGACCUUCCUGGGCUGCGUUCUGCCAUUCUGCCUUACUCUUCUGUGUCUUCUUCUCACCUUCUCCUUCCUGCUCAGACACGUCUGGAGGGUGAAGAAUAAUGACUCCGGAUCCUCACGGCCAAAUCUUGACGUUCACGUCACUGCACUGAGGACAAUCUUCUUCUUACUCUUCAUGUUCACCUCCGUCUUUAUGUCUCGAGCGAUUAGGUUUCUCAAUCAACCAGCAAAGUUCGGAGAUACAAUACUUGUGGUCAGUUGGACAUUACAAUUAUUAUCUCCUUCAUUUGAGGCUGUCGUCAUCUUCCAGGCCAGCAACAAGCUGAAAAGGAUCAUUCUGGGCAAAUUCUGGACAAGAAGAAGAUGGAACGCAGAGGUUUAA